UCUCUGUUUAUAAUUUCGGUGUGGAUCGCCGGCACUUGCGCACGCGCGUUAUUCGCGUUUCCGUGUUAUGGGAAAAACAUAUUUGAAGUGAAAACUCGUAUAAUACUUCCAGUGCUUGUGAUAUUACUUAAGGUUAUUAUUACGUGAGGCAGAUGUUCAAAAAAUUUGCCCUGUUCAUUGCCUUUACAGCUGUAGGCAUUGGUAUCGCAACUAAAUAUAACCAACUUCAUAGCGUUCCCGAUCUACCAGAACUUGAUUUAGAAAGAUGGUGGGGAGACGGCGACAAACCAAAGCAAGAAGACAAGUCUAUAAGACCUUUUAAAGUUGUCUUCAAUGAUACGAUGAUAGAAGAUUUAAAAAGCAGAUUAAAAAACAGACGUUCAUACACCAGACCGAUGGAAGGUACGCAAUCCGAAUACGGUAUGAACACAGUAUAUUUGGAAAAGAUGUUAAAUUACUGGAUGGAAGAGUAUAAUUUUAAAGAGAGAGCCAAACGUCUCAAUAGAUUUCCACAUUACAAAACAAAAAUACAAGGGCUGGACAUUCAUUACAUAAGAGUGAAACCGGAAGCUAAAAAUUUAAAAGUACUGCCAUUGCUACUUAUGCACGGAUGGCCAAGUUCGUCAAAGGAAUUCGAUAUGGCAAUACCUAUGCUCACGACACCGAGAAGUGGAUAUGAUUUCAUUUUUGAGGUUGUCGCUAUCGAUUUGCCGGGCUUUGGAUUUUCGGAGGGCACAAACAAACCGGGCUUGAGCCCUCUACAGAUGAGUAUAAUAAUGAGGAACCUGAUGAAACGGUUAGGUUUUAAGAAGUACUAUAUUCAGGCGGGUGAUUGGGGCUCGCAAACUGGUACUCAUUUAGCCACAGUCUUCCAAGAUGAAGUGUUAGGAUUCCAUACGAACAUGCCAGUAUCCUCGAGACCGAUAAGUAACCUCAAAUAUAUCUUAGGGUCACUAUUUCCUAGUUUUAUUGUAGAAGAGAAACAUAGACAUAGGAUGUAUCCCCUAAAGGAUCUAUUCUCGUAUUUAAUGAGGGAGAGCGGUUACUUUCAUUUGCAAGCUACAAAACCGGAUACAAUAGGUGCUGCUUUAGCAGACACGCCAGCAGGUCUUGCUGCAUAUACCCUGGAAAAGAUAGGUGUUUGUAGCAAUAGGGAUCAGCUGCAUACACCACAUGGGGGUUUGGCAGAAAUCGACAUUGACGAUUUGUUAGAUACCGUUACUAUAUUAUGGGCAAACGAACGGAUUACAACCUCGGUGAGAGUAUAUGCGGAAGCCUUCGCAUGGCCAGAAGUAUUUGUUGUUCAUGAAAUCCCAACUUAUGUGCCAACGGCUGCUAUAAAUUUUCUUUAUGAAGUGGUAUACCAGCCUGAUUGGAUUCUACGCGAUAAAUUCCCUAAUCUAGUACAUUCCACAACACUGGAUUUCGGAGGUCAUUUCGCUGCAAUGCACACACCCAAGGAGUUAGUCGAUGAUGUUUUUGAAUCUGUGGUCGAAUUUAUAAAAUUUCACGAGAGAAAUAAUUAUAAUAAAUAAAAUACUCUUGUUUAAUUAUGUAUCUAUAAUAUAGAUUUUUAGACAGUCAUCGAUAACUUUCUAAAAACAAAAAUAAAAUGAUUACUGUUACUUGCAUUUACCAAGAAAAUAAUGUAAGGAAUAUGUACAUGAUCAAUACAAUCCAUAAUAUAAUCCUAAAAACUCAAUCCUAUAUUUGAUAUGAUAUCUUUGAACAACAAGAAAAAGAUCUGCAAUAGCGGUAUUUUAACAUAAAAGAUAACGCUACCUAAACCGUUAAACCGAAUGGGGGUAGAUAAGAUCUUUGGAGAUCGAAUGACUCCGCAAUAGACUGAAGCCACUUUUUUCAAUCAGUGCAAUAGUAAACGUAUAUUUUUAUCAGUAUAAACGAUCAAGUACACGAUGUCAUUUUUCUUUACAUAUAUGGCAGCUGGAACAAUAUCCACUGAAUAUGAAAUGUGCAACACGAAAAUCUUAUCGGUUUCGCUUGUACCUAUUAUUUACUAGUGAUGUAAUAAAUCAAAGGUAAUCUAUUCAUAUUAUGACUAAAGUAAACACGAAGAAGCUUAAUUUUAUUCGGUAUAUUAUGAAGUGUCGGUGAGAAAAAAAAUUGUCGUCCAGUGCGAGUCAGAUUCGCGCACCGUAGGAGUUAUAAUCUGUAUACAUAAUAGGUAAAUGUGACUACUGAUUGACUUACUGACCGACCGGCUGACGGACUGACUAACCGUGAUUUACGUGACUAGCAACACACAGCUCAAACCACUGCAAGGAUCGGUCUGAAAUUUGGGCCUACAGUUUGCUAUUAUAACGUAGACGUCCGCUAAGGAUACAAGUAAUAAUCCUAAAUCAAUCUGUAUGUAAUACAGAUUGAUUUAGGAUUAUUAUAGGAUUCAAAACCAUAAACAGAACCGUUCUAGGUCUAUCUGUCCUUGCGACCAUGGUAAGUGUCAAGGCUUUUUUUUCAGCGACGGACUUGACUAUAUAAUAAACUGACAAUAUCCUAUAGCACUUUACUGUUGAAUAUUCAAUAUUAAAUUGAAGGUACUUGUAUCCUUAGCGGACGUCUACGUUAUAAUAGCAAACUGUAGGCCCAAAUUUCAGACCGAUCCUUGCAGUGGUUUGAGCUGUGUGUUGCUAGUCACGUAAAUCACGGUUAGUCAGUCCGUCAGCCGGUCGGUCAGUAAGUCAAUCAGAAGUCUUUAUUUGGUCAGCCAGAACGAAGAAGUAUACCUUACUUCUUCAUCAGGUCAAUUAAACCAGAAUAUAAUGGCGACUUUCAAACUAACUGUUGUAAAAAAAAGCCGGGAAGUAAGAUAUAGUUCUUUUUUUAAAUUUCCUAUUAAUUUCGUUGGCAUUUAUUUGUACGUACAUAUUGUGAGGAGUUUUGGUCUAUAUAUUAAUUGUUCAAGGAAUGAAGGACAAAAGACUUUAUUUAGUUUUAAGAUAAAAAGCAAUAAACGUUUUUUUUUCUCUUUCA